AUGGCAGCCAUCUCAACCUUACAAGCACGCGACGCUAUGCACCAGCUGGUCAAGCGAAAAAAUUGGGCCGCUCAGGAAGCAGGUGUCGUCCUCGUCUUCUGCAUUGUCUUCAUCGUCGCCGUCGGCCUCAUUGGCCUCUUUGUCUCCCGGUGGUUCAGCAGAAGAAAGGCAGCUCGAAGACGAUCUAUAGUCGAAGCCAUUUCAAAGAAGGUGGUCGAGGUGUCAGAAUGGAAGAGGGAUGUUCCACGACAAUCGCUGUUUAUAUGA